UGUUUUGCUUCUCCUCAUUCGCAAUAUUUCAUUGUGUAACCUUAUCAGGCAUAGUAAAUUAUUAUUUAAACCCUUUUAACCACUAUGUAAAAUUGUCUCCGGUACGAUAAAAUGAGCGCGAUCUUCGCAACAUCCCGCUUACAUACAAUAGUAACAGCAGCUACAGUCCAACGCUUGUAUUCGCACCUCUCCCGCACGGCUGUUAAUGGCGCAAACCGGACACCGCUACUGCACCCUAACCGGCAAGUUCCACUGAUUCCAGCUAACGGUCUCUUUUGGGAACGGGACCCCAAGGGAGGCUAUAACGCAGAUCGGCCGAAAGUAUCACGAAAGCAACUGCUCCUGGAUGGGUUCCGAGAACUGAAAAAGGAAUUUGCCCUCUUCCAGCAGGAAUGGAAGGAAAAAGUUGCCAGUGAUCCAUUGUUGGUGUUCCGACCGGGCGAAACCGACGUGGUAUUCAAUUUCGACUCUAAAGACGAACUGGAAAAGUGGAUUGUGACGACAGAUAAGGACCAUAAUGAGGGUUAUUCGGAGGCGAAAUUUGAAUUAAGUUCAGGUGGAUUUGGACUGUUUCACGGGAAACUGGAAUCCAGGGUGCCGAAAGACGGACGAAUCAAACGGUCCGGCUAUGCGAAUAUCAAAAGUCGAAGAAUAAGGAAAUCCUUCAAACGAGAAGCGUUUUACGAAUGGGAGCAGUACAACACCCUAGUCCUUAAGGUUCGCGGCGAUGGUCGCUCUUACCUAAUAAAUCUCGCGGCUGAGGGCUAUUACGAUAUCCUGUGGAACGAUAUUUACCACUAUGUGCUUUACACGCGGGGAGGUCCCCACUGGCAGAUAGCUCGAAUUCCGUUUUCCAAGUUUUUCCUGGCAUCCAAAGGUCGAGUACAGGAUAGUCAGGGUCCAGUUCCUUUGAAUCGUGUUUCUAGUGUUGGAUUUUCGGUUGGCGCCCGAGGAGGACACGAGGGUGCGUUUCGGUUGGAGUUUGACUACAUUGGUGUUGAGUACGAUCCGUCGCAUCGGGAGGAGUUUGCCUACGAGAUGUACAAACAGCAAAAAUAUAUUGUGGCCACUUAGAGAUGGCAAGUCGACGGUGAGCCAAUGGUAACGCUCUCACAGGUUA